CCCUUCUUUCCACUCCCCCAAAACCCCUCACUUCCCCAUCCUCUCCACCAAAACCAAAACCCCAUCAUCAUCAUCCCCCCAAAUCCUCAAAUCCCUCAAACCCCAAAUCCCCCCUCCCCCUCCGACUUCCACGACAAGGCCCUCUACCUCGACUCCAUCGGCCUCGACCUCUUCUCCCUCCUCCACCACCACCCUCCCAUCGCCUCCGCCUCCCUCCCCGACCUCAAAUCCACCGUCCAUUUCCUCACCUCCAUGGGCUUCUCCACCCCCGAGUUCCGCCGCCUCGUCGGCAUGUGCCCCGAAAUCCUCGCCUCCCGCGUCUCCGACAUCAUCCCCAUCUUCACCUUCCUCCUCCGCGAGGCCCGCGUCAACGGCUCCGAUCUCAAGCGCGUCAUAAACCGACGACCCAGAUUGCUCGCCUCCAGCGUCAAGCACCGCCUCCGCCCCACCCUUUACUUCCUCCAGUCCAUCGGCAUAGCCGACGUCAACAAGCACACCUCUCUGCUCUCCUGCAGCGUCGAGGACAAGCUCCAGCCCCGCGUCGACUACCUCGAAAAAAUCGGGUUUUCGCGGCGGGACGCAUUGGCCAUGUUCCGGCGGUUCCCGCAGCUGUUCUGCUACAGCAUUGAGCAUAAUUUCGAGCCCAAGUUCAAUUACUUUGUGGUGGAAAUGGGGAGGGAGUUGAAGGAGCUCAAGGAGUUUCCGCACUACUUCUCGUUUAGCUUAGAGAAUCGGAUUCGGCCGAGGCAUCAGAGGUGUGUGGACAAGGGUGUGUGCUUUCCUUUGCCUAUUUUGUUAAAGACCAGUGAGGCCAGGUUCCGGGAUAGAUUGGAGGUUUGUUGUAAUUCUUCUAUCCCGUUGAGAAAUUCUCCCUUGUGGUGUACAAAUUCCAUUUCUGGUGAUUUAGACAAAUGAAAAAAAAAUAUAACCUCAUUUCCAACCCUUUUGCUUUUCA